UAGACUGGCGAGGGAGGCAUAUUAUGCGCAAAGAGAAAAGAAGCUUGAGGCGCGACGCCGAAAGGAGGAGGUCAUGCUGAAUUCUGGUGCUUUGAUAUGAGAUGCUGAGUGACCGCCAACACGCCGACGUUGCUGAAUGGGUGCGGGGUUGUGGUGGCGCAGCGCGUCGCUUCAGCCUGAUCAAGUACGCUGGACGUUUGUCGUCCAUCUCAUCUUCCCACCCUACGCAUAGCUUCUCUACCGCUCCGAACAGACUGGAGCCGGCCAGGAUCGAAUGAGCGCCACACAGCUUGCACACUAAAGCCAUGGAUGACAUCAGCGUAAUCACGCAACGCUUCGAUAACCUCUUACAUGAAUCUACCGAUCAGGCUGAGAGCCCGUCAACAUCACAAGAUGCGCAACCACUGCAAUAUGACAGAAUACCACGGGGUCGCAGCAUCAGGGUCCUUGAUCUGGCUCCCGGCACAUGGGACGAACCUGUCAAUUGUUCCCUAAGAACAGUUCAUUUGGAUGAUGACGACCCUCGCUACGAAGCGAUCUCAUACGCCUGGGGCGAUCACAACGAUCGGAAGCCAGUUAUCUGCAAUGGAUACGCCAUCACCACAACACGCAGUCUGUUCGAGGCUCUUCAGCGCUUCCGACACGUCAAUACCACAAGGACGCUCUGGGCCGAUGCACUGUGUAUAAACCAAGCCGAUGGCGACGAAAAAACACUACAGGUGCGGCUGAUGAGUUAUAUCUACACAAAAGCUGUUCGGGUACUUGUGUGGCUGCAACACGAUGAUGAUCGAAUAGUCCAGGAUUCCUUAAAUGCCAUAUGCCGAUUUGUAUCUGAAGAAAAUGGCUUUGGUACAUUUGGAGGCUCGGAUAAUGUACUGAAACCGACGCCCAAUAUAAUGUAUCGGUGGCUCGAUGUAGACGUCACUACCGUUAGCGAAAUGGAGUCCUCCGAAGUUACUGAUGUCGCUAUUGAUGCUCUGCAACUUGUCUGCAGCUCACCUUGGUUUAGUCGGGGAUGGGUAGUCCAGGAAGUGGCAUUAAGCACUUCGGCGUCAGUGUUUUGGGGUCACAGUGAAAUCGACUUUGAUUGGCUGGGUAUCGCGGUUUACUGUGUCAUCGACAUAGAUGCUUCCAGGUUAAGCCUAGAAAUGGGCUAUUGCCAAUCUCUCUCUUCGGUGUGGAGCAAUGCACGUCGCUCCCGUGGUCUACGGCAAUCUCUUUUCAAUUUGAUUGCAUUAACCAGCGGCUUCAUAUUCGGUGAGCCAAAGGACAGAAUCUACGGGCUACUGGGGUUGAAAACAUUCGAGUGCGAUCUCGCAGAUGGUCAAUCUUUCAUUGACCCCGACUAUAAUAUUACGACUAUGGAAUGCUAUCGCAGGGUUGCAGCAAAACUUCUCACUGAGUGGCACGACUUUAGGCUACUUUCCUGGAUGCGCUCCGUUCCACAGUCAGCUGAAGACUGGCCAUCAUGGGUGCCGGACUGGUAUCAAGACUUCAAAUCCUCGUUUGCGGGGUUUGAACAUACGGACUAUCAAAAGGAAGAUAUCUCGGAUCAUAUUCAAGUAUCAGAAACGAGUCUUGGUGGAGUUCAGUGCAUCGAAAUCUCAGGUUUCAAGGUUGACACGAUAAACCGAGAAAUCAAAGAAUAUGUCACCUUGUUAGAUUUCGACGACGACGAUGACGUUCGUUCCGUGUUGGAAGCAUUUCAAGCCUUGCUUCGCCGCUUGGAGCACAUAUAUGGCCAACAGUGUCUUGCGUUCACCUUUGGCAACUCCCAAAGGUAUCUACCGCUAGAUGCUGUCCGUAUUAUGAAUCUUUCAAGCGAAUACGGCGCAUUCUUGAAGAGAGAUUUUGUCCAAGACAUCUAUUCGCCGACUGGAUCAUGGGUAGAUGACGAAGACGAUUCCUUCGUACCGAGCGCGGACAGAUUCGUUAGCAGGUGCUCUCGUGAUGCAACUGAUCGUUGCCUUUUCAUUACUAGCACGGAAAUGUUAGGCAUUGGUCCUCACGCCAUGAUACCAGGCGACGUCGUGGUCAUGUUACACGGUGCCGAGGUACCCUUCGUUCUCAGGCCUGUGGACAACGGUCUCUGGAGGCUUAUAGGCGAAUGCUACCUCUACGACGUCAACGAAGGUCGCGUUCAUCGAGAAUGGAAAGAGAAAGGUAGCGUGUCUGAGAAGUUCACUAUCUGCUGAAUCGCCGACACGUCAAGUACCGGAUAAUCGCCUUACUUUCCGUUCGCAUCGACGGCUUCCAGCUUGCCUACUCGCGUAUGCGUCGGGAAGUCCAGUCGACGCCUUGCGAUAGGCAAAUAAUACGCAAUCAGAUACGAACAAACGAUUUCAUUGAUCCGAAGUCGACAUCUUCAAGCCGUAGAUGAUGUGCACGACCAGUAGUUUCGCUUGAAGGAGAGACCAACUGGCCUCUCUGGUAGCACCUGCUUUGUACGUUGGUCCACUACGGUCCCCCAAAAUCAAUUUCUGCUCCUUGGUUGUAUG